UGCUUCAUGAACCACCAAAACACAAAACGCGAGCUUGUUGAACUUGUGUCUCUGUAAGAAUAAUCUACGCGUUGAGCAUUUACCACUUGCCUCAUACCUAGCCCGAGACGACCUACCACAAAGGAUCGAAUUAGUCACUCUGGUCGAACUUGGAGUCAGAAUGGACUUUGUUUUAGGCUGGAGGAAACUUUUUUCAUUUCUUCCAGUCUUAUUGGCUGCCGUUGGCGUUUGUGGUGACACGUGCAAAGUCACCCAUCAGGGCAAAGCAACGACGUACAACAUCUCAAACCCUAAGAGCAAUCCAACGUGUGAUUACAGCUGGGCUGAUUCUAAUCUGUUGGUACUGGCAACUGAUGCCGAACCCGAAGGAAAAGGAAUUAUAUCCUCAUCUCACUCCUCUCUCACUUUGCUUGGAUGCUGGAAGAAUGUUUGUGUUACAAUUUAUUGCCAUCUGAAGCACCACACAACCUGCUGCUACACUAACUGCCCUGCUGCACCAGAACCUCCAGCUGACUGCACUGCUGCACCAGAACCUCAAGCUGACUUCACUGCUGCACCAGAACCUCCAGUUGGUGCAUUUGGUGACACGUGCACAGUCACCCAUCAGGGCAAAGCAACGACGUACAACAUCUCAAACCCUAAGAGCAAUCCAACGUGUGAAUACAGCUGGGCUGAUUCUAAUGGCACUAUACUGGCAACUGAAGAAGAACCCAAUAAUGGAGGUACAUCCUCAUCUCACUCCUCUCUCACUUUGCUUGGAUGCCUGAAGAACGUUUGUGUUGAAACUAUGUGCCAUCUGAAGCUGACUUCACUGCUGCACCAGAACGUCCAGCACCACACAACCUGCUGCUACACUAACUGCCCUGCUGCACCAGAACCUCCAGCUGACUUCACUGCUGCACCAGAACCUCCAGCUGACUUCACUGCUGCACCAGAACCUCCAGCUGACUUCACUGCUGCACCAGAACCUCCAGCUGACUUCACUGCUGCACCAGAACCUCCAGCUGACUGCACUGCUGCACCAGAACCUCAAGCUGACUUCACUGCUGCACCAGAACCUCCAGCUGACUUCACUGCUGCACCAGAACCUCCAGCUGACUGCACUGCUGCACCAGAACCUCAAGCUGACUUCACUGCUGCACCAGAACCUCCAGCUGACUUCACUGCUGCACCAGAACCUCCAGCUGACUUCACUGCUGCACCAGAACCUCCAGCUGACUGCACUGCUGCACCAGAACCUCAAGCUGACUUCACUGCUGCACCAGAACCUCCAGCUGACUUCACUGCUGCACCAGAACCUCCAGUUGGUGCAUUUGGUGACACGUGCACAGUCACCCAUCAGGGCAAAGCAACGACGUACAACAUCUCAAACCCUAAGAGCAAUCCAACGUGUGAAUACAGCUGGGCUGAUUCUAAUCUAUUGGUACUGGCAACUGAUGCCGAACCCGAAGGAAAAGGAAUUAUAUCCUCAUCUCACUCCUCUCUCACUUUGCUUGGAUGCUGGAAGAAUGCUUGUGUUACAAUUUAUUGCCAUCUGAAGCCCCACACAACCUGCUGCUACACUAACUGCACUGAUGCACCAGAACCUCAAGCUAACUUCACUGCUGCACCAGAACCUCAAGCUGACUUCACUGCUGCACCAGAACCUCCAGAACACAUUGACCCCAUGAACUGCAGGGAUUACUGGAUUGUGGUCAGGAUUCCGGUGGUGAUUGUCUUGCUCAUGGUGAUGGUCAUUGCGGUGGUCUGCUGCAGAAAGAAAGAAAACAGUUGGUUGGAGCGGUUCAACAGAGCGUGUUCUUCCAAAGAACCACAAAGCGGAAGUGGAGAAGAUGCAAGACCAGAGGUUAUACCGAUGCUAGACGUUUAGACACGUGACAAGGUUGAGUUAUAUUGGGUGCGGAAGCUGGCAGACUCUUAAUGAUGUACCAGGGAGUGCAUUUAUAAAAGAAACGUGAUCAUGCAUAAAUCAUGUAUAAAUCUGAAUAGCAUGAAUAGUAUAAAUCUAUAUAGUAAUAUACAAAUAUUAAUAUCUUAUAUACGACAAAGUAUAUUAGUAUUAUUAUUAUGUUGAGGUUGGUCAAGUGGAUCAGGCCAUUCAAUCAUAAUUAUAGAACGUGUGUGACGGUAUGUGGGUUACAAUGUCCAAAUUAAAACAAUUAUAUUAAUCCAGUCUCGGACUGUGAUUGAUGAUCAACGUGAGAUAUAUAUAUAUAUAUAUACUGUAUAUAUAUAAAUUGCACUCAAUACUCGUCUUUUUCUCUCACACACUCUCUUUCUCUCUCGAAUAUUGCCUUUAAUGCAAUACUUUGGACUUUAAUAAAAAAAAACCUCAAUAUACUCAACUAUAUAUAUAUUUUAACAGGAUCAAGAUAAUCAUCCCUGUUUGAUAUAGAAGAUAUCAAGGCAUGUUAUUCUCCUGUCUCUUUGAUUUCUGGAUGGAUUAUGUAUACGUUUAGGGUUCAGCAUGGGCUGUGUUCUUGAGACAUUGGCCAGGGGGCGUUUCUUUAAUCUUCCGAUGUGGCGUGAUGAUGACUCACAGAAGGGAAGUUACUAACCACAGAAACGUCAGCAUGUGGUUCAACUCUGAUUGUUCUUUGCUUCAUAAAUAAAUUGACUUGAAUUGUA